GAUUAAGAUCUGAGAAAUGAAAAAAACAGUUUGCUCAUAAAUAAAUAACAUCUCGAUUGACAUCGUUCCACGAUAUUAAUAUCACCAUUCUAAAUUGGCAACGUGAAUGGUGGCAAGACUUUGGCCUCACCACUCUUACUCACGUACGAUUACUACCGUAAAAGAAUACGAAAGAACUCAAGUGUUUCGUUUAGUAGAAAAGUAAGUAGAGGGGUUAUCGAUAGAUAUGUGUACGUUUCUUCGACUGUCUUCAUUCAUGUUCUGUUCCAUCUUCUGUCAGUGUCAGUGUAAGGUUAAUUUCUAGUGCUAAUUUCUCUUCUUAUAUAUAUAUAUGUGAUUCGUUAUUACUGCAUUAUUUUCCACGAAGAAAAUAAAAAGCAGGGAAGAAGUGCUUGAUAAAAAUUAAUAAAAAAAAAAUGAUCUAUCUCUUCAUCGAAGGUUUGAGUAAAAGUAAUGUAUGGUGGAAAAUUGUGUGUUCGAAAUUAGGAUAUAAAUGAAAAUGAAGCAGUCGUUGAUUUGGAUCAUGUGAUAAGUGAUUUUGACGAUAUGAUAUGACAGCAACGCGUUCAUGUGCCGAGAAGUUUUCAAACUGCUAUCUGUUAGUUGCAUUUCUCUGUUAAUUUACAAAGAACAAGUGUUCACUUCAUUGUUAUAUUCAUUUACAAUCUACUGCACAAACGUUGCUCAUUGACUCUCGAGAGAUCGUUGAGAGAUAAAAAAAUAUCAAUUAUCUUGAAUGGACGCGUGCGUGCGUAGAGAAAUAAUGGCAAAUAUGUAAUAAAAUUUACAAUUCCCCCUUUGGCGGGUUCAUGCCAGGACAUGAAAGGUUGAGGAAAGCUCACGUUCAAGGUUUUCGGCAAUACGAAAAAAAUCGCAUCGAUAAAAAGGAGGAAAGGGGAGAAAGUUUCGCCUGUAUAUAAUAAAUCUUGGGCUACGAUAAAUCUUGGAAGAGAAGUUCAACGAUAUUUUUUUUAAGAAAAAAUUUUCAUUCGACUCCAGUCCCAACCAUGAGACUCGAAACGAUGCGAUUGUCGUUAAUCUUGAUCUUAUUGCCUGCGGUCACAAGUUCGUUCAAGGACUUGGUACGAAGCAUAUUUCAAUCAGGAAGGAUUGAAGUCGACAAAAAAGGAAUUACGUAUCCUGUAUCGUACAGUGGCACAAGAAAUCAACCUCAUAUUCCUGAAUACGUUCCGUUUCCGUGUAAUGUAAAAUUUGGAAGAUCACCAUCAACGCCUAACAAUGUGCAUCGUUUAAGACCUGGCGACAUAGACGUGAUCGGUAGCCUAGGCGAUUCAUUGGUCGCAGGAAGUGGAGCUCUCGAGGACUACGCAAUAGGAACGUUUAUAGAAGCGCGUGGUGUUAGUUGGUGUAUAGGUGGUCAAGGUGAUUGGAGACAGUUCUUAACUCUUCCUAAUUUAUUAAAGGUGUUCAAUCCCAAUUUAAUCGGAUAUUCAACGGGUACAGGUGAAUUUAUUUCAACGAAUGCGAAAUUAAAUAUCGCCUUCCCCGUCGCUGCCACGGAAGAUGCAUUUCAACAAGCUCGAAUACUUGUUCAAAGGAUCAAAAACAAUCCAAAAAUAAAUGUGAUGAAGCAAUGGAAGCUAAUUACAAUUUUUUUUGGCGCGAAUGAUAUUUGCUCGGCACAAUGCUUCAAUCCUGAACACUUUUCUCCCCUUCGAUAUGCUCACCAUUUGCGAAGAACGUUGGAUUACUUGAAAUUUGUUUUACCUCGUACAUUGGUCAAUGUUGUACCGGCUAUAGAUGUUACGGUUUCCGUUAGAAUACCGCGAAGCCCCGUAUGUCGCAUAUUGCACACAUUUUACUGCGCUUGCCUGCACAAAGGUAAUCGACCAGACAUCGAAGCUUCGAAAAUGUCGCAUCUUUAUCAACAAGCGAUCGAAGCUUUAAUAUAUUCAGGAAGAUAUGACAAAUCUUCGGAUUUCACAGUGGUAUUGCAACCAUUUAGUAAAUUAUUCAAUGCACCAAACGCAGAUCCAAGGAGAGCUCAAUCAAUUGAUCCCACUCUGAUAACACAUGACUGUUUUCACUUUAGCCAAAAGGGACAUGCAUUAGGGGCGAAUUUAUUAUGGAACAACAUGCUGGAACCAGUCGGGAAUAAAACGGAACGAGGUCUACCGCAGGUAUUCGAAAGAUUAUUGUGCCCGAACGAGAAGGCCCCGUACAUUUUUACGAACGUGAAUUCGAGACGUUUCCGAUUGACAGGGCGCCAAGAUGGGAUCACGAGCAGAUAACGUAAAACGCGUAAAAAAAUGAUGUACCGAUGUACCGAUAGCAAAGUUUUCACCUGUGAUAAUUGCCAACACGUGUUCUCGAGGAAGAAUUUCAACUCUCUCAGGUUGAAAAUUUUCAAUGGAAAAUUUCUCAUGCAGACAGACUUUAUAUAUCAAUGUGUAUAAUAGCCGAUAUGUUGUGUACACUAUGCCUAUAUCUCUGUUCCACAUACAUUACCGAUCAAAGAUUUCCAAUCCAUCAAACGAAUCGAACUUAACAAAGAGACUUAACAAAGAAAAUGUAUCGGAUCAGAAUUUUGCUAGUUUUUUUUUUUUUUUUUUAUUUUAUUGUUCUCAUCGUUAAUACUAUGAUAGAGAAUAAUAGAGAAUAAAUAUACAUAAUUAUUCGGAAGAAUUGUCUCAUAAAUAAAUUUAUCUUUUUAAUUGGAAAAAAUUUUGAUUUUUUUAAUGAAAUUUUGCAUAUCAUAUUACAUUCACGAAUAUUUUAUGAGAAUGAGACCAUUAAAAAAAUUUUUGGCCAUUAAAUUUUCUUUCUCGAUUCAUGGAUGAAUGUUAUUUGCCAUUCCUAAUUCCAAACCACCGUCAAAGACGUAAUGGUGUUUCCAAAGCGGUCAUCCGAGUAUAUUAAUCGAUGUGACGUAGAUUGACUUCGAUGAUCAAAGGAUUCCAGUGAAUCGUGAUACAUAAUAAAAUCGUCGGCAAAUUUGUUUAUUCAAAUCAAAAUCUAUUAAAAUGAAUAAAAUUCCCCUCGAUAUAUCGUAAAUCACGAAUUAAAAUUAAAAAAAAUCGAAAUAAAAAAUUCGAUAUAACUAUAUUUUAAUGAAUUGAUUCCAAGCAACAAAUUGGUCGGUAAUGUUAUGUCUGUAGUAAUAUAUUCUGCGAUAAUUGAAGAGUCAAUAAUGAGUGUGUUUUUUAAGUGAAAUAGAAUAAAACUAAUUUUUGUUUUUUGUUUUUCUUUUUUUUUUAUUAUUAAAAUCUUUAUUCUUCUUAAGAUAAGAUGACCAUUAGCGAUGAAAACGAAAUCGAAACACCGCGCUGAUAAGUGUCAUAUAGCGUUCUAUAUAAAUAAGUACUUAUAUUAUUAUUGAUAAAAAGGGGAUUAUCGUUCCAAGUGUUAAUCUCAUUUCACAUAAUUUGUAUCUCAUUCAUUGGCUGUAUCCAUAUUUGAAACUUAUCCAAUUAUUGGAAAAUUUAAACAUGUAGAAAUAAAUAAUGGAAUAAAUAGGAAAGAUAAUAUUAUUUA